UUAUAAGCUGCUCGAGUGUUGAUGUGGCCAUCAAAGUCAGGACCAUGUCCUCAGAUGAUGGAAUGAUGCAGCCACCAUCGGGUGGUCAGAUGCAGGCUUCACCACAACAGAUGCAUCACCCCCAGCCAUCACCCCAACAGCAACAAGUUUAUCCCUCUGACAGUUUGCAUAUGCUUCAAAGAACCAUCAAUGGCAUGGAAGAAAAGGGAUUACAAGAUCGUCCUCGUUAUGCACAAUUAAUGGCAAUGGCUAAUAGAGCUAAAGCAGUUCCUAGUCCUGGCAUACCCUCUUCUCCCGGUCGAGGACCAAGUCCAUCUAUGGGCCCAUCCUCUCAUGGAUCAGGAACACCAAGUCCAAUUAUGGGACCUCCUCAUCCUCCUCAAGGGCAAGCCCCAGUAAUGAAUCCUCAACCUCAGCAGGCAGCUUCUCCUCACCCAAUGGGAGGAGGGCCACCGCCACAGGUUCUCAGUCCAAUACAACCCAACCAACUUGCUUCAUCGCCUCACAAUAUGGGACCUCCAGCCCCACCAAAUAAUUCAGUCAUGGGUCACAUGUCCCCUUCUCAAUCGUCUCCUAUGUCUGUAUCAAUGAUACAACAGCAAACUGCUCAACCGCAAACAGGACAUGGUUACCCUCAGUCUUAUGGUGGUCUUUCACCAUACCAACAACAGGGUCCUCAUUUACCCCCUGGACAGCAGAUGAGCUUGCCUGGACAGGCAGUUGGUGCAGGAACAGUACAAGGGAUGAAUGAUCAAACUCAGGGUCAUCCAGGCUAUGGACAGAUAAAUGGACCCUCAGGACCUCACAUGGAAGAAGGUGCCCAGAGGCCACCUCAAGGUCCAGGUCCUGACCCUGGUCCUAUACCUGCUGGUGGUUCUCUAGCACAAGGAACCUUAGGGUCACCUGGUCAGAAGGCUUCAGCUCUUACACCAAGCCAAAUGCAGCAACUUCGGGCGCAGAUCAUGGCCUACAAGUUUCUUGCUAGAAAUCAGCAGAUUCCAGAUCACAUUGGAAUGGCUGUCCAAGGAAAGAGACAUUUACCACCCCAACCACCUUAUCAACGCCCUACAGGCACUCCUUCACCUGGGCAACCCACUAUGCGACCUCCAGCCCCAUCUGGUCCUCCUGGUCCAAUGAUGGGUCAACAACAGGUUCCACAAGGUCAACCUCCAGGCAUUUCAGUAAGAAGACCUGGGAUGCUUCCUCACUCAGCUCCACAGCCAAUACAAAGCAGCAUGCCACCACCCAAUACACCCAUUCAGAGUGCACCUGCACCCCAACAACCACCAGUCCACCCCCAACCAGUUACAAGUCGACCUCCCAACCAGCAGACUUCUGGAGGGCCUCCAUCUGUACCAGCUAUGAUGCAGUUGCCACAGCAGAAACAGAACAGAAUCACACCUGUUGCCAAACCCGAAGGACUGGAUCCAAUUGAAAUUUUAAAAGAAAGGGAGAACAGACUCGCUUCGCGAAUUGCUCACCGUAUUGAAGAACUUUCUAAUCUCCCUGGAAGUUUACCAGAAGAUCUUCGCACAAAAGCAACUAUUGAAUUGAGAGCUUUGAGACUUCUAAACUUUCAGAGACAGCUCAGGGCUGAGGUGAUAAGUUGUAUGAGAAGAGAUUCCACCCUAGAGACAGCAUUAAAUCCUAAACUCUACAAGAGAAGUAAGAGACAGGGAUUGCGAGAAGCACGAAUUACAGAAAAACUAGAGAAGCAGCAAAAGCUUGAACAGGAACGAAAACGUAGACAGAAGCAUCAGGAGUACUUGAAUGCAGUUCUACAGCAUGCAAAAGACUUCAAAGACUAUCAUCGUAAUGUUUUAAACAAAAUUGGAAAAGUUAACAAAGCUGUCAGUACUUAUCAUGCUAACACUGAGAGGGAGCAGAAGAAAGAACAAGAAAGGAUAGAGAAGGAACGUAUGAGACGACUGAUGGCUGAAGAUGAAGAAGGCUAUCGUAAAUUAAUUGAUCAGAAGAAGGACAGACGGCUGGCAUUCCUGUUAUCUCAGACGGACGAGUACAUCCACAAUUUGACAGACAUGGUGAAGCAACAUAAAGCUGAACAAAAACGCAAGCUCAAAGAGAAACGAAAACAGAAGAAAAAG